CAUUUCCAAGCGUCUCUCUCUCUCUCUCUCUCUCUCUCUCUCUCUCUCUGAGUUUCAACACUCUCUGACUGAUGCUUGGGAGCCAAAAACUCAGUCGGAGAAUGAAUUGAAAAGCCCCAAUAUAUAUAUAUAUAUAUAUAUAUAUAUAUUCAAAUUUAGAACCAAACCUUACACUUUAAGAGAAACCAAAAACAGAAACUCAGAGAGACAAAAGAUGGAGGAGACAAGAACAAGAAGAGUGGUGACACAUAGUUAUGUUUUCCGCUCUUUGAUCUUCUUCUUCCUCCUUCUGGGGUCUUCUUCUGCAGAGCUCACUGAUAAAGGUGUCAACUAUGAAGUUCUUGCCCUGAUGGGGAUAAAGAAUUCUCUGGUAGAUCCUCAUGAAGUUCUGAAGAACUGGGACGAAACCGCAGUCGACCCUUGUAGUUGGAACAUGGUCUCUUGCUCUCCUGAUGGUCUCGUCAUCACCCUAGGAGCUCCAAGCCAGAAUUUAUCAGGAACUCUCGCACCCAGUAUUGGGAACUUGACAAAUCUGCAGACUGUGCUCCUGCAGAACAAUUAUAUCUCAGGACAUAUUCCUUCUGAGAUCGGGAGACUUGUAAAACUCAAAACACUUGAUCUCUCCAGUAACAAUUUCACUGGCCAAAUCCCAGACACUCUCUCUCACUCAACAAGUCUCCAGUACUUGAGGCUGAAUAAUAACACACUGACAGGAACAAUUCCGUCCUCCUUGGCCAACAUGACCCAACUUACCUUUCUGGAUCUGUCGUAUAAUAACCUGAGUGGACCAGUUCCAAGAUCACUCGCCAAGACAUUCAAUGUCAUGGGAAACCCUCAGAUUUGCCCAACUGGGACUGAGAAAGACUGCAAUGGGACCCAACCAAUUCCCAUGUACUUGUCCUUGAACAAUUCACAAAAUGUAGCAUCUUCCGGAAGAAGUAAAAGCCGGAGACUUGCAGUGGCAUUCGGCUUGAGCGUUACCUGCGUCUGCUUGUUGAUUCUCGGCUUCGGUUUUCUUCUCUGGUGGAGAAGAAGACAUAACCAGCAAGUCUUCUUUGAUGUCAAUGUUUCAGAGCAAAACAGGGAAGACCUUUGCCUAGGGAACCUUAGGAGAUUCAGUUUCAAAGAACUCCAAGCAGCAACAAAUAACUUCAGUAGCAAGAAUCUGAUUGGAAAAGGAGGGUUUGGGAAUGUGUACAAAGGGCAUCUCCAAGACAAUUCUGUGGUGGCCGUGAAGAGGUUAAAAGACGUAAACGCCAUUGGAGGGGAGAUUCAGUUUCAGAUGGAGGUCGAGAUGAUCAGUCUCGCUGUUCACCGCAACCUCCUCCGCCUCUACGGCUUCUGCACCACUUCCUCUGAGCGGCUUCUUGUUUAUCCCUACAUGUCCAAUGGCAGCGUUGCUUUUCGUCUCAAAGCAAAACCAGUAUUGGAUUGGGGAACGAGGAAACGCAUCGCACUGGGAGCAGCGAGAGGGUUACUGUACUUACACGAACAAUGUGACCCAAAGAUCAUUCACCGAGACGUGAAGGCAGCGAACAUUCUCCUCGACGACUUCUGCGAGGCGGUGGUCGGAGAUUUCGGGUUGGCGAAGCUGCUUGACCACCGUGAAUCGCACGUCACCACCGCCGUGAGAGGGACGGUGGGUCACAUCGCGCCUGAGUACUUAUCGACCGGACAGUCCUCGGAGAAGACAGAUGUGUUCGGCUUCGGGAUUCUUCUGCUCGAACUGAUUUCUGGAUUGAGAGCUCUCGAGUUUGGUAAAGCGGCGAACCAGAAAGGUGCCAUGCUCGAUUGGGUGAAGAAAGUGCAUCAAGAGAAGAAGCUAGAGCUGAUAGUGGACAAGGACCUGAAGAACAACUACGAUCGAAUCGAAGUAGAAGAAAUGGUUCAAGUGGCUCUGCUCUGCACACAAUAUCUCCCUAGCCACCGUCCCAAGAUGUCAGAAGUGGUUCGGAUGCUGGAAGGGGACGGUCUCGCUGAGAAAUGGGAGGCUUCUCAGCAGAGGAACUCCGAAACCCACCGGAGUUACAGCCGACCCAACGAGUUCUCUUCCUCAGAACGGUAUUCGGAUCUUACCGAUGAUUCCACCCUCUUGGUUCAAGCCAUGGAGCUGUCUGGUCCGAGGUAACCAGAGAUGUCUCGGACUGGUAUCUGUCAGAACCAGACAAUGGUUGCAUGUCAAUGUCAAGAGGGUACUUCUGGUGGUGAUGAACUAAGGGUUUUGUAUACUAUUACUAGGUUUAUGUGUACAGAUUUGGGGCACUCAAAAGACUGUUAAUAUGUAACUUUUGCUUGGUAAGAUGAUAUGAAGAAGCUCAAAUUCCACUGGCAAUAAACAAACAUUUCCAA